AUGGCAGCCUUGGGUACGCAACACUCAAUGGCGGCGACAGACGAGGACGACGAGCACCGCGACAGUGCGGAUGCAUUCGGCACCGAGACACGGUUGUUGGACCAGACGCUGAAGAAGGUCAUUGCUCUAAGUAAGAUCACAGUCAAGAAGUCGCCGAUCGAUUCAGACUCCUUGAAGAGGUUGGGCGCUGGUGGUGAUCUUAUGUGGCUGCAGGCUUAUUCUACAGACGCUGCCUUUGGGGAGGUCAUGAAUAUCAAUGCGGAUCUCUUGAGCGAUGCCGGUUUGCAGGAAGCCGAUGUCCAGGAUCUGGCAAUCACCAUCGAGAGCAAGAUGCAGCAGGUGAGCGUCAGCUGGGACACCUUUUCACUUUGGGAGAUGGACACAGUGGACUUGUCCGACAAGGAUCGCCAAAAUCUGAAUCUCUGCUUGCUCUUCAGCCGCAGAGCGACCUCCAUCCGAGACAAGACUUUGUCGACCCCGGAAUGGCUGGAGCGCUGUGGCAACUUCUUGGACGAGUGCCAAAGCGGCUACGAUUCUGGCGCGAUUGCGCCCUACCACACGUGGCUGCACGCGGUGGAUGCAACGUACACGCUCUACCGCAUUAUGACCCUGAUCGCUGCGGAGCAGUACUUGGGCCAUCUCGAAUGCUUCGGCCUCCUAGUGGCUGCCAUUGCGCACGACAUGGGCCACCGGGGACGCAGCAACGUCUUCUUGGUGGAGAUUGGCCACGAACUGGCCAUCCGCUACAAUGACAUCGCAAUCCUCGAGAACAUGCACUGCAGCCUUCUAUUUCAGAUCCUAUCCCAGGACAAGAUGAACAUCCUCUCUGAGCUUAGUGAGCCCGUCUACAACCACAUCCGCCACGUCAUCGUCGAUGCGAUCCUUGCCACAGACUUUGCGCAACACACCGGCAUGGUGAAGGAGUUCGAGUCCAUGUAUGGCGUGAAUGCAGAGCUCUUUGACAUGGCUGAUGAGAUGUACAUGACCAUGGACGAGUUCCCUCCGAAUGAGCUGCUGGAGUAUUUCAAGACGCCCGACGUCAAGAAAAGCCUGAGGACUGUCUUGCUUCACUUCAGCGAUAUCUCGAACCCCAUGAAGCCGUUCCCCGUUGCGGAGAAGUGGGCGGCAUUGGUGUUGGAGGAAUUCGCUCUCCAGGGAGACGAGGAGAAGGCUUUGGGCAUUCCGAUGGGGCCGCUGAAUGACAGAGACACGGUGAACACCCCCCUGUCGCAGAUUGGCUUCAUUGAGUUCGUUGUGGCGCCGCUGGCCCUCUCGCUGGCCCGAGUUCUGCCACCUCUUUGGUUCAGCAACCAGAUGAUUCUGGACAACGCGAAUAUUUGGAUGGACAAGUGGAUCGAAGGCACCCUCCUGAAACCAAGUUUGGAGGAGCAGGUCAACGUCCGCGAGCGCAUCCAUCGCAUGGUGCAGAAGACGGAGCAGCGCGGCUACACGGCCACAAUGACCGCACUGGCCGCACCUGCAUGA